GUAAUUGGUCUCAUUAGUUGUCUGACCGGAGCCAUCCAACUGUGCAGAUCCCGGAGCGCUGUCAUCCGCUUAGUGCUCUUGCAACACCUGCGCUCCCUCCCUCCCUCCCUGCGGCUGCCUCCGUCACCCUCAUCGUAGCUUCUGCUCUCCUCCCGCGCCCAGGGCAUGCUCCGAGGUCCAGCACCCGGGCUCGGCAGUGGCCAGUCUCUCAACCAGUCUGCAGAGACAUGAGGCACGGCCCGCGAGCCAUCCUGGUGCUGGGGCUGCUGCGCAUUUACCUGGCCCAGGCCAACUUCGCCCCUCACUUCUUUGACAAUGGAGUGGGCAGCACCAACGGAAACAUGGCCCUGUUCAGCCUCUCAGAAGACACUCCUGUAGGCUCUCAUGUGUACACCCUAAAUGGGACUGACCCCGAGGGAGACCCUGUCUCCUACCACAUCAGCUUUGACCCCAGCGCUAGAAGCGUCUUUUCUGUUGAUCCCAAUUCUGGAAACAUCACCCUGGUGGAAGAGCUGGACAGAGAGAAAGAAGAUGAGAUUGAAGCCAUCAUCAGCAUUUCCGAUGGCCUGAACCUGGUGGCAGAGAAAGUCGUGAUACUGGUGACAGAUGCCAAUGAUGAGGCCCCCAGGUUCACCCAGGAGCCUUACAUUGUCCUGGUUCCAGAGAGUACACCUGCUGGGAGCAGCAUCUUUAAGGUCCACGCAGAAGAUAAGGACACAGGCUCUGGAGGGAGUGUCACCUACUUCCUACAGAACCUACACUCCUCCAAGUUCACCAUGGACCGCCACAGUGGUGUGCUACGUCUCCAGGCCGGAGCCUCACUGGACUACGAGAAGUCAAGGGCCCAUUUCAUCACUGUGGUCGCCAAGGAUGGCGGAGGCAGGCUUCGAGGGGCUGAUGUGGUAUUCUCAGCCACCACCACAGUCACCAUCAAUGUGGAAGAUGUUCAGGACACGGCCCCUUUUUUCGUGGGUACACCCUACUACGGUUACGUGUACGAGGACACCCUUCCGGGCUCAGAGGUACUGACGGUGGCUGCCAUAGACGGGGACCGAGGCAAACCCAACCACAUCCUCUACAGGCUCUUGAAUGAGAGUGAUGGAGUCUUUGAAAUUAAUGAGACAUCUGGAGCCAUCUCAGUCCUUCAGAGCCCUUCCCAGCUCCGGAGAGAGGUGUAUGAACUUCACGUACAGGUAACAGAGGUCAACUCUCCAGGAAGCCCGGGUGCCCAGGCCAUGGUCCCAGUCACCAUCAGGAUUGUGGACCUCAACAACCAUCCUCCAACAUUCUAUGGGGAGAGUGGGCCCCAGAACAAGUUCGAACUCUCCAUCUACGAGCACCCACCCCAGGGGGAGAUACUUCGUGGACUCAAGAUCACAGUCAAUGACUCGGACCAGGGAGCCAAUGCCAAAUUCAACUUACGGCUGGUGGGACCUGGAGGCAUCUUCCGAGUGGUACCACAGACCGUUCUGAAUGAAGCCCAAGUCACCAUCAUCGUAGAGAACUCAGCCGCCAUUGACUUUGAAAAGUCUAAGUUGUUAACCUUCAAGCUCCUGGCCGUUGAAGUGAAUACCCCGGAGAAGUUCAGUUCCACAGCAGACAUUGUGAUCCAGCUUCUGGACACCAAUGAUAAUGUCCCCAAGUUCACCUCUCACUACUACAUUGCCAGGAUCCCAGAGAACGCUCCAGGGGGCUCCAAUGUGGUGGCUGUCACAGCCGUGGAUCCAGAUACAGGACCGUGGGGCAAAGUUCAGUACUCCAUCUAUGGGACUGGGUCAGACCUAUUCUUGAUUCACCCAUCAACUGGGCUUAUCUAUACUCAGCCCUGGGCCAGCCUGGAUGCGGAGGGCACUUCGAGGUACAACUUUUAUGUGAAGGCCGAAGACAUGGAUGGGAGGUACAGCCUGGCUGAGGUGUUUGUCACUCUGCUGGAUGUCAAUGACCACUACCCCCAGUUUGUACAGAGCAUCCAGGAGAAGACGAUGGUGCUGGGAACCCCGGUGAAAAUUGAGGCUACAGACCAGGAUGCAGAGGAGCCAAACAACUUAGUAGACUACUCCAUCACCCGUGCAGAGCCAGUCAAUGUGUUCGACAUUGAUGCGCACACGGGAGAGAUCUGGCUCAAGAAUUCCAUCCGUUCCUUGGAGGCCCUACACAACAUCACACCCAGUGGGGACUACUCAUGGUCCCUACAGGUGCAGGCCAAGGACCGUGGCUCCCCUUCUUUCAGCACAACAGCCUUACUCAAGAUCGACAUCACCGACACGGAGACACUGUCCCGAGGCUCCAUGGCUGCCUUCCUGAUACAGACCAAGGACAAUCCCAUGAAGGCUGUGGGUGUGUUGGCUGGUGUCAUGGCCAUUGUCGUGGCCAUAACGGUUCUCGUCUCCACUGCCACCUUCUGGCGCAACAAGAAGUCCAACAAGGUCCUGCCUGUGAGGCGCGUGCUCCGCAGAAGGCCCAGCCCUGCACCCCGCACAGUUCGCAUAGAGUGGCUCAAAUUCAGAAGGGCCAAGGCUGCUAGCAAGUUCAUACUAACAGAGGACCCUCCCAAUGAGGACUGCAAUAACAGCAGGGCAGGAGUCACAGUGCCCCCCAGAGCUCCAGCUCUCCCGCCACCCCCCAAAAUGGCCCAACGGACAGUGCCUACUGUCUCUGGAUCCCUCACCCCACAGCCACCCCAACCAUUACCCAAACCCAAGCCCUCAGGAGGCACCACUCAGUCCUCCCUGGUCUCUGAGCUCAAGCAAAAGUUUGAGAAGAAGAGUCUAGACAACAAGGCUUACUUCUAGAGUGUGUCCCAUGAGUCUUCUCUCUCCCCCCUUAGUACUGACCCUCAAGGUCACCUCUAUUUUGUACAAUGUUGUAACCCCACAUACAAGGUUCUACUAAGGGUUUUGGGCAAAAGAUUCCUCAGAUGGAAUGCAGUUGACAAACACAGACACACUACCCAGAACUUUGGCACAGAUACAAUGCUCUCUGUUCUUCAGAGACUAGACGCUCACAAGGAAUCAAGUCUGUGUGUUUCUACUCACCGAACACAGUCCCCAUAGUCACUGACAUCCUACUGGGACUUUGUCGUCCUUAUCUGAGAAAUAGCACACAGACCUCAGGUGCCAAGACUGGCAAGAACUCAGAUCAUGAAGCCUCAGCUAACAUCUGUGAAUGAAGGUUUGUCCUCACUAAAGCUGAGAGCCAGUGAGCUUUGUGGGCUACAGAAAAGGGACAAAUGCCCAGAAAACUCAUGGUAACUAGAAGGUUUGUGCCCCAAACCAGUGAACAAUAGAAUUGGCAUCUAGAAAAGACUGUGCUCCUGACAUGUAAGUGUAAGGCAAGCUCUUCCAAGAAUAAGAGUAGAUGUGUCCAGCCUGACUUGAAGAGGUGGUGGAUGGAUAUCAGACCUGAGCUCGGUUUUGAUCCAGUUCUCCUCAAAUCACAUGAGCUUAGAGACACUGUUUAAACUCAAUUGUCUUCUUCCUUGUCUGUAAAACAAAGCAAGCAAACCCUAAGCAAACAGAGACUCUGAGGGCUUUGGCCAAGAGCAGAGUAGCAUGAUUACUAAGUAUUUGUCGUAAGCCAGUUCUCUGACUACACUUCAUCCAGAAAGUAUUAGCACCUUCAGCAACUCCACCAAGUGUCCCCCAGGAGGGAUUAUGCUGCGACUGGGGACAGCCGCUGCUCUGGAAAGUCACAGUCUGAUAAUGGCUUUCUCUGAUCUCACACAACUUUCCUUCCAUCUCACCCCUCAUCUUAUGGCACUCACAAAGAAUCAGAGUCGGAAGUAAUAUCCAGUCCAAGUCUGUUUUGGCUGACACAGAGAAAUGAGUCUCCCAGAAUGAUUUCCUCCAUGCACAUAGUGAAUCAGUAGCAGGGACCCGUUCUGAGAGUUCCUGGUCCACACCAUUUUUCUCUAGUUGGGUCAUACAUUGUUAGCAUGUAAAAAUUAUGGCAGGAGAGAAAUCCUGCAAACUGCCAUGGAAGUUCUGUCGUCCUAUGAGGAAACUCUUUAUGGCAAUCUAGAUAAGUACACUCUAUGAAGCCCUCUAGAAUUCCGUGGUUUCUGAUGUGAUCAGAUUGUUUGAACAUGCGGUUUUCUUGAUGCCCCAGUCUGUGUUUUGAGGUGUUACACAGACGUGUUAGUACGCGGAGUCCUUACCUGGAGGUAGGUCUGCUGCCACUGGCCCACACAGUAUUGAGGGAUGGACACUAGCAGUCCCUCUGGACAUUAAGAGUCCAGUCUGGAAGGCACUAUCUCGCCCACAUUUCAGAAGAGUGCUGGGCUGGAUCAUGCUUCCCACCACAGGAAGUUUGACAUCCUAGACUAUGCAUGCAGUCAAACUCUUUCGUAAAUGGUAAAUAAAAUCUACUAUUUAAAGGAUAAA